GGGGGCCCGCCGCCGUCUCGCGGGAUGAGGGUAGGUGGAGGGGGUUGGGUGUAGUCCGAUACACGCUCGCUCAUCCGAAAAGGAGGAGAAACAGCCGAGAAAUCACCAACUCAAUCAUGGGGGGUAAGUAUGACACGCCGAAGUCUUGCUAAAAAAAAAAUGGUCGUCUUGCUUCACUGGACUUUGUCAGCCGCUGCUGUGUGCCCUGCAUCGACGGUUUAUCGGUCUGCUGCGUUUGUCACACCUGCUUUCCUCCAUCCCUUUUGCCUCAUCACGCUCGCAUGAGUGCGUGAGUUGCAUGACUGACUCACACAGGUUGGUGGCUCCGUAGUGGCGCCGUCGUCAGCGGAGCAGUCGCCGCCGAGCAAGGUUGCGGCCAGGUAGGUAUCCAUCGAUUCAUCAACACAUGAAAGGGAGAGAGGGACCCAUUCACACACCCGAUCUGGUCUGAGGUGCGUGUGGUUGGCUUACUUCAGGCACGCCCAGUGGUGAUGUGUAUGUGCGUGCCUGGGAAGGAGGAGGUCCAGCUUGGCCUUGCCCCCCUGCCCAGCCAGGAUCACAACGUCUGUCUCAUGA